AUGUCAAAGUACCUCUCCACACCGGGGGUAGCGGACAAGAUUCCCAGCAUCAAUGGACCAGUUCUCAAAGCUGUCCCGCCCAAUUCACGAAAAGGUUUCUACCUCCAACCGUGGCAUCUCAAUUUCAGUGAGAAUGCGAAGUGUGGCAAGUUUCCAAGCAAUGUGGCCAUGCGGUUGCACUUGCCAUCAUUUCUGAACCGUGGGUUUGAAGGUGAUCGGGAGCCUUUGGAAGUACGCUUUGAUCAACCUGAUCUGGAACUGUUUUCAGUGAUGUAUGUGGACGGCCACACAAAGGGUGUUUGCAUCCAGGCUAUCUUCGGACUUUUGGCCCAUUGUGCUGUGGAGCCUCAUGAGGUGGAAGAGGAUCCUCAGUUCUGUGCAGUGGUGGCGUUGCUUGAUGCAGAGCUGAAGAUGCACUGCAAGUCUGCCAGCUCAGAGUUCGACUACAAGAAGUUGAGCUUCAUCCUGGAAGCUCGAGGAGUUUUGCAAGAGCAGCAGAUCGAGCGAGCACAAAGUCGCAUCCAGCCAGCGUUCAGGCAGUCCAUCACUGCUGGAUUCAAUUUGAGUUUGGAAGCUGACCAGGUGGCCCACAGACGCGCUGGCAUCGAAGCAGAGGCUGAUGCCGACAGCAGCGGCGCUCUCUCAGCCAAACUCGAACCAUGGCUUCAGUCGACUCUUGGUGGUCUGAACCAAGGCAUCAGGCGGUCUGAUAACGAAUCCAUCAUCGGAUACGUUAACUAUGUGGCGGCUGGAGUGGUGUCCUCGUUCAAGCAGCACUUCGCUUUACAGCAAGUGACAGGGCUGUGCCACAGCAAUCCGCGCACCUUCCUUGCAGUACUGGUCUUGCCCAACAGAGCUGGAGAUCUCCGAUCAACAGCAAAGUCCGAGAAAGCAGAACACGACGAUUCCGAAGAUGAGGAACAGGCCAAGACCGAGGGUGAUGAGGGACGUUGCUUGGCCGUGUCCGAGAUGAUCAAGCUACCGAAAGGGGAUGCCAAGUAUGGCGGCGAUGGCAAGAAAUGGGCAGUGGCCUCUGUGGCCCACUCUGGCUGCGAGACUCUCUUCUGUGCCAACCUGGUCGCGCAUCGGAUGUAUGGCCUUGCAAGGUCUGGGGACCUCAAGAUCGCCGGCUUCCCGAGGUUUGAAGAGGCAAUCUCGGGGUUGAAGGGAAUGCAAUCCAUGCAGGCUCCAAGCUAUGAAGUUUGUGUGACACUUUCGGACGGCACGUUGAUCAUCAAGCAACUAGUCCUAGACAUGUGGACACAGAAGCAUCCUGAUUUCAGUGCAGAGUGCACUGAACUCCUUACAGCGCACAACAGUGAGUUUAACCCCAAGAACAUUCAGAGCGGAGGUGAAGUACAAGAGGGUACCACUACCGUUGAGCUACCAAGCAAGCAGCUUUGUGUACAAGGGACCAAGUCCAAGUCAGACUUUGAGAAGGAGCAUGCUGACAGGCUGUCUUUGUCGUGUGGUGGAAUGCAGCUUCACUGGUGCAAAGAAGCUGGAUGCCUUUUCGUCACGUGUGAAAAGGAUACGCAUGCUUCAGCAUGGUUGGAGAUGUUCUCUUUCGGAUCGGGUGAUUUCUUGCGUGGCACCGAAGCUCAUGACGUUAUGUCUGAUGGAACUUCGUCAGGCCGUUGGAUCCCCUACAACAUGUCUGGGCCAGUGAUGACACUCCAGCAAUUACUACAAGCGUUUGAGAACCAGGGCACAGUCAACAUCACUUUGCUGGAGCACACCAUCAAGAAAGAUGAUGCCAAUGCUGUUUCCAUCGACUGUAAUGCCAAGAUUUGCUUUGCUUUGGACCCACCAAAGGACAGGAAGAGACAGAAGGCGAGCACCGGCAAUGCCCUUACCUUUGGAUCCAAGAUGGACUUGGCAAAACUUCGGACGGCCAAGAACUUGGUCGUGGCAUGGCGCUUGAAGCUUUUCGGCUGCGCAAGCAGUAUCCGACUAGCCCAUGUUUUUUCAUUGCCUUGGCACUGA